UGCUAUUUCCUUAUUCCACUGAGCUACAAUGAAAGGGGCUUUGUGGACCUGGUUUUGGUGUUUUCUUAAUGCCUUUUUUUCUGUUGCACUGCGGGAAAAUAUGAAUGCAGAAUAUCAAGUGACUGUUUACACCCAGAACGUGACCUUUGCUGGCACCAAGGAUGACGUCUACAUCACUCUGGUGGGCCAACGUGGGAGCAGCAAACACAUGAAGAUGGGAAGAAACAAGUUCUUCUUCCACAGAGGACAUGAGUCCACGUUCAUCGUGACCUGCUCUGCAGACCUCGGACCGCUGCUGCAGAUUCACCUUGAAAAACGUGGGGUUGUUACCAAAGACAAGUGGCUCCCUGCAAAGGUGGAAGUGAGGUCUCCUCACGGAAAGCUCUACACGUUUCCCAUCUACCACUGGUUAACAAAAAAACAGAAUCACUUCUUCAGGGAGGGGGCAGCUGUGCUGGACUUUCAGGAGAAAAAUCCUCAGAUGUUUAAGAUGCGGAAGAAGGAGCUGGAGAAGAGGAAAAAUGCCUACAGGUGGGCCGUUUACAAAGAAGGGAUGCCACUCUGUAUAAAGGCAAAUGGCCUGAUGUCUCUGCCCCCAGAUGACCGAUACCCCUUCACAAGGGACCUGGAGUUUGCUUACACGGGAGGGGCAGCAUUGGCAAAGCUGGGUUUGGAGUCGUUGUCUAAAUUCACAAACAAGUGGAAAUGCAUGCGGGACAUCGAAAAUUUGUACAAGUAUCACGUGACUUCCAUAUCUGAUUACGCCAUGAAGUACUGGAGGGAGGACGCCUUUUUUGGCUACCAGUUUCUAAAUGGAGUAAACCCCAUGAUGAUCCAACUCUGUAAAACUCUCCCAUCAAAAUUUCCUGUCCCCUUGGACAUGAUCCUCAGCCCUUCUCGGCUCACUCUGAGGUCUGAAAUGAAGAGAGGAAACAUCUUUCUGUGUGACUACAACAUUCUGGAUGGGGUGGAAACAAGAACCAUUAAUGGGAGGAAGCAGUUUCUAACAGCUCCAUUGGUCCUGCUUCACAAAAAUGAGUACAAUCAGAUGAUGCCCAUUGCCAUUCAGCUAAAUCAAAAACCUGGAAUCUACAACCCCAUCUUCUUCCCCACGGAUUCAGAGUACGACUGGCUGUUGGCAAAGAUGUAUGUGAGAAGUGCAGACUUCAACCUGCAUGAGCUCAACUUCCACCUACUGCGCACUCACCUGUUGGCUGAGGUGUAUGCGGUUGCUCUGCAGCGAAACCUUCCCAGAGUUCACCCUGUCUACAAGCUCCUCAUCCGUCACACACGCUACACUUUGCAGAUCAACAUCUUGGCUCGAAGCAAUCUCAUCUCAAAGAGUGGAAUUGUUACCCAGUUUACAGCAUCUGGUGGGAGGGGCAUGCUGACCCUCAUGGACAGGAGUGUCUCCUCCUUGACCUACAGAUCCCUCUGCAUACCUGAUGACAUCGCUGAUCGCGGCCUGGAAGAUGUGCCCAACUUCUACUACAGGGACGAUGGGGUGAAGCUGUGGAACAUCAUGCACAGGUUUGUUUACGGCGUCCUCAGCUUCUACUACAGGAACGACUGGAUGGUCCAGAAUGAUGCUGAGCUGCAGAACUGGAUUCAGGACAUCUUUGAAAAUGGGUUUCUGAGACGCCGUGAGACCGGAAUCCCACACAAGUUCACCACUCUGGCUGAGCUGGUCAAGUUCGUUACCAUGGUGAUGUUCACCUGCUCUGCACAGCAUGCAGCUGUGAACUCUGGACAGUAUGACUUUUACGGCUGGAUGCCCAAUGCCCCCUCCACCAUGCAGGAACCCCCUCCAACACAGAAGGGUAGAGCAGAUGAAGCUACUAUCCUGUCCACGCUACCGGACGUUGAAACUACAGUGAACAUCAUUGCUACCGUCUGGCUGCUCAGUAUGGAGGCCGCUGACGCUCGUCACCUUCAUGAGUUUGUGGAGGAGCAUUUCACCGAGGACUUUCCCAACUCCAAGGUCAAAGUGUUCCAGCAAGAACUCAAGAGACUAAGCAGAGUGAUCCAGAGAAGAAAUAAAGGUCUGGAGCUGCCAUACAACUUUCUGGAUCCAAAAUUGGUGGAGAACAGCGUUGCCAUUUGAACCCAGCAGAGAGUCCACUUUCAUCCAAAUCCACCAACCCCAAAACCAGACCCAUGCUAUGUUCACACCAAGUGCAGAAAAGUCAUGAAUUUGCAUCCUCCACCUCUGUCUUGAUGCUCAUCAAUGUUGCUGCUUGACACUAGGGCUGGGAAUCUCAGGGUAACUCAUGAUAUGAUGGGAUUCACAAUACAUGACUCACAAUACCAAUAAUAUUUCGAUAUGGCAAACACUGCAAAAAUCAAUAUGUUAGCUUGGUAAUCGAUGAUAUCUAACUAUUUUUAAGCAAAUUCAUUUCUGCCCCAAUUUUCUUUAAAAC